AUGGUGAUGCCCAUGGCAACACCAGGUUCCGUCAUCGGCACCUCACUCCUCUUCUUUUCGGGAGCUCUCAUCAUGCGAGGAGCGGGAUGCACCAUCAAUGAUCUCUGGGACCGAAACCUCGACCCUCAUGUUGCACGGACGCGACUUCGACCCAUUGCCCGUGGCGCGGUCACUCCGUUCAAGGGGCUUGUCUAUACCGGAGUCCAGCUUCUUGCAGGUCUAGGGAUUUUGCUUCAAUUCCCUCUUCCCUGUCUCUUCUACGGCGUCCCCAGCUUGCUCCUAGUUGCGAGUUACCCUCUGGCUAAGAGAGUGACAUACUACCCUCAAGCUGUCCUCGGCCUGACCUUCUCAUGGGGCGCCAUAAUGGGCUUCCCAGCACUCGGGAUCGACUUGUUGUCAAACACCCCCGCAUUGACUGCCGCCGCCUGCCUCUACGCCUCAAACAUUGCAUGGACAGUCCUGUACGACAUGAUUUAUGCUCACAUGGACAUCAAGGAUGAUGUCAAGGCAGGGAUCAAGAGCAUUGCUUUGAAGCACGAUGCUGAGACCAAACAAGUGUUGACGGGCUUGGCGGCUACGCAGAUUUCCCUACUCGCCGCGGCUGGUUUUGCGGCUGGUGCUGGACCAGCUUUCUUCAUUGGAAGCUGUGGAGGAGCAAUCGUCACACUUGGCGUCAUGAUCAAGCGAGUCAACCUCAAGAGUGUCAAGGAUUGCUGGUGGUGGUUCAUCAAUGGCUGCUGGAUCACAGGAGGAGUGAUAAGCCUCGGCUUGGCUGCAGACUACGCAGUCAGGUACGUCCAAGGGCCUAAAGACGAAACCAAGACGGAGCAGUGA